AAAAAACGGAGAGGGCUGCGGUUGGUUUUACGGAAGAGAUUUCAACUUCCGGAAAGGAUUGUGUUUUCGCAUAUCGAUAAAUAAUUCACCUUCCUGGUUUGAACAUUACCUUGUCAGUAGCCAGUAAAGCUGAUUUUGGUUAUUGUUGCUCAGGAGGAAACUGAAGUGCACCUUCUGAAGCAGAAUACAGAGGCUGUGAGUGGGUCAUCAGGCAGUCUCCCUAUGUCAGGCCGAAACGGGUCUGCAAGUGAUGCAGACUGUCGGAUCUCUGAGGACUGCCAUGUCCCAGAUGUGGAGCUGAUGGAGCUCGGGCCACUGUUGGAGGAGGGAGGGGGGCGGCCUGCAGCAUCGAAUGGCGUCCACUCAGAGGGAGCCACAAUGCUUGCUGACGAGGAAGAGGAGGAUGAUGAGGUCGAAGAAGUCCUGACCUUACCACUUCAGGCCCACCAUGCCAUGGAGAAGAUGGAGGAGUUUGUACAUAAGGUUUGGGAGGGGCGCUGGAGGGUCAUCCCUUUCCAUGUGCUGCCAGAGUGGCUAAAGGACAACGAUUACCUCCUGCAUGGACAUCGUCCCCCGAUGCCCUCCUUCCGGGCGUGUUUUGGAAGCAUCUUUAGAAUUCACACUGAGACAGGAAACAUCUGGACUCACCUGUUAGGGCUGAUCUUAUUCAUUUGUCUGGGCACGUUAACCAUGCUGCGGCCCAACGUGUAUUUUAUGGCCCCUCUGCAAGAGAAAGUGGUGUUGGGGAUGUUCUUCCUGGGAGCUGUGCUCUGCCUCAGCUUCUCCUGGCUUUUUCAUACCGUUUACUGCCACUCUGAGAAAGUGUCCCGCACCUUCUCCAAGCUUGACUACUCGGGCAUCGCCCUCCUGAUCAUGGGCUCCUUCGUGCCCUGGCUGUAUUACUCCUUCUAUUGUUCCCCUCAGCCUCGACUUAUCUACCUCACCAUUGUUUGUGUCCUCGGCAUCGCCGCCAUCAUAGUGGCCCAGUGGGAACGCUUCUCUACACCUCGCCACAGACCUACAAGAGCAGGUGUGUUCAUGGGUCUUGGAUUAAGCGGCAUUGUCCCCACCAUGCACUUCACCAUCGAGGAGGGCUUUGUGAAGGCCACCACAGUGGGCCAGAUGGGCUGGUUCUACCUGAUGGGCGCCAUGUACAUCACUGGGGCCGGCCUGUAUGCAGCCAGGAUCCCUGAACGCUACUUCCCUGGGAAGUGUGACAUCUGGUUCCACUCUCAUCAGAUCUUUCACGUUCUGGUCGUGGCCGCGGCCUUUGUCCAUUUCUACGGGGUUUCCAACCUGCAGGAGUUUCGCUACGGCCUCGAGGGAGGAUGCACAGAUGACACUCUACUCUGAGAGGCCUGACUGUGACUUCCUCAUACUUUUCUUUAUAGUCCCACACACUCACAUGCACACACACACAAAAACACACACAAUCACUUAAAAUGCUGCUGGAAUUCAAUAUAGUCUCACUUGUUGCUCCUUCUGUACUUCUGAUUUGCUAACAUCUUGUUUGGGUUUUGGUGGUCUUCUUUCUGUUUGGCUCUUUUUUGCUCCAAUAAAGUAGCAUUACCUAGCCAUUGAACUACGGAGGGAAUCUUCAACGGGCACUACUUCUUCAAUAAUUAUGAAACUUGAAGUCUACAUUUUCAAGUAAGGUCAAAAUGGGAUUUUAACCAAAAUCAUAUAUAUAUAUUCCUGUAACUGAUGGUCAUUUCUUAGAAGCUCACUAGUACCCCAGCCUUUUCAUAAUCCGUUACGAUUGCACAGAGGGCACAGAGAGUAUGAUUUGUGCUGUAGCAGAGGGCACAUACUGUAAACCAUUCCUAUCCUCCCUCCCAGUUUCCAUGCAGGCCAGAGGAUGAAUAUACUGUCCACCAGGAGUGAGGUGUGGAGCAGUCCAGGCCCAUUUAUGUGCUUGAGGGUCUGCACACACAUUUGUACUAGGAGGAUAAAAGUAUACACAUAAUGUGUAUGGAUGCCACCAGAUGUUUUCUUACUGUGCUGACACUGAUUGUGCGGCGGUGUGUCAAAUCUCGGAGGAGUGCUACAAACCCACCCAUGCCCAUUCUGCAAUAAAAAAAACUGUACUCUUAAGGCCCAGUCAAUCUUACAUUUUAUAAAUAAAUAAAAAAUGACAUUAUUUAGAAAGGAACAUAGAAGCAAAAUCCUAAAAACAUGAUGUCUAGAUGUGUCUAACACUAGGUUUGAUGCUCAUCAAAAUUAUUGCCGAAAGGAAAGAAAUUACGAUGUUAAAAACUGAGAUUUUCACUGAUAUUCUCUGCAUUGUUAUAAUUGACUUAAGACCCAAGCAAAUGCUUUUUCAAAUGGUAGCAUAGCAUGAUAAGCUGCAAUUUUGCAAACAUCUAUCUGCGCACUUGUAUUUAGACUAAAAUGCUUAAAAUGUAGAAGUCGAAAGAACUUCCCUGCCAUCAGUCAGACAAUACAAUUACUAAUUUCUCAAGUAAUAGUUCCUGUGCGACGCACAAUGUACAGAUCUGGAUCGGUCAAAUUGUGUUUUUGUCUGCUAAAGAUAUUUCUUUUGUGCUAGAUUCAAAUGCAAUGAGAGGUGUAAAUAUCUAAUGCACCUUAGUGUAUACUAUUAAAUUCAAAACUUUAAAUCACCAUAUGGGAUUUAAAAUGUGUUAUGUAUGAUUGAUAUAAACUUUUAGUAUUCCUGUGCCUUAGGCCAACGGAAAUGUUUUUAAAUAAAACGGCCUAUCUUAACAGUCAAAGGAGCUUCAAGGAUUUCCAGAUGUUGACUUUUCUUGUUUUCCUUGCCAUAUAUACAAUCGAAUCAUUAUUGAACUUACAACUCCAUGGAUAGGUUGUAUCAACUGCUGUUUAAGACUCCUUUUUCUAGAUCAACUUAUUCGAGCUUUAUUACAACGACUAAAACAAUGUGUAUUCUUGACUUUGUGUAAUGUCCUGUGUAGAAAGUGAUAAAUCAUACAUUUCACUGAAAUGUAAACAUAAAUAUUUAUUAAUGGUAAUCUUGGAAAAUUAUUGUAAUAAAUUAUUUUCCACAUGUAAAAAAAACAUGGUGUUCUAUUGUCAUUUGUUUCUCACAAAGUAGUCCUGUGACAUUUGCAAAUGUUAUAUCCGCAGUAAGUCAACUGUGAAGACAACAGGAUUCAUGGUCUAACGCUCAGUACAUGUCUGGAUACCACACACAGUGUGUACAUCAGAGUAUCUAAAAUACUGCUUUCUCUUAACAAUUUUCCUCAAUUAUAGAGAUCAAGAGUAACCAUGUUUUAAUCACAUAAACCGUUGUUAAAAAAA